UUGACAUCCACCGUCACCAUGGGUUCGAAUCUUCCUUACGCCGCAGACGCUGAAAGCCCGCUCAAACCAGCGGAGCUCCAGGUCCUCCGCUCGCAGUACGAGAAAGAGGGUGACUAUGUAGGCAUCCAGACCAAGUUCAACUACGCCUGGGGCCUCAUCAAAUCCAACGCCCGCCCCGACCAACAAGAAGGCGUCCGCCUGCUGUCCGAGAUCUUCCGCGCGGCCCCCGAACGACGCCGCGAGUGCCUGUACUACCUGGCGCUGGGCAACUACAAGCUGGGCAACUACGGCGAGGCGCGCCGCUACAACGACCUCCUGCGCGACAAGGAGCCGGGCAACCUGCAGGCGUCCAGUCUGGGGCAGCUGAUCGAUGAGAAGGUGUCCAAGGAGGGGCUGGUAGGGAUUGCCAUCGUGGGCGGACUGGCGCUGGCCGCGGGCGUGGUGGGAGGGCUGGUGAUGCGGGGGGCAAAGAGACGGUAGAGACGAGGAGAUGUACAUACUGGCUUAGCUGAGCUGUUGGCUGUUGGCUGUUUGGGUGAUUAGCAUGAGGCGUUCUGACCAUGCGCAGGUUGUAUGAGUUAUGGAUUUGAUUAUUGCGUCUGUCUGGAGUAUAAAGAGAGUGUAAGUGUAUAAC